GGCAACGGACGGAUGACUACUUCCGGUGCUGUGAGGGCUCGGGGCUGACGCGGGGUAAUUCUUCUUCUGAAAUUACUUUUGGAUGGAAGUAUGCUCUUUCCCCAUUAGAAGAUGGUAACCUUGGAGAAUGACCAUGGAGAAGGGGAUGAGUUCAGGGGAAGGGAUGCCUUCCAGAUCAUCUCAGGUUUCGGCUGUUAAAGUAACAGCCAAAGAGUUGGAAACAAAGCAGUCCCAUAAAGAGAAACGAGGGGGCUUUGUGCUGGUGCAUGCAGGUGCAGGUUAUCAUUCUGAAUCCAAAGCCAAGGAAUAUAAACAUGUAUGCAAAAGAGCUUGUCAAAAGGCAAUUGAAAAGCUACAGGCCGGUGCUCUUGCCACAGAUGCAGUGACUGCAGCUCUUGUGGAACUUGAGGAUUCUCCUUUUACAAAUGCAGGAAUGGGAUCUAAUCUCAAUCUUUUGGGUGAAAUUGAGUGUGAUGCCAGCAUAAUGGAUGGAAAAUCCUUAAAUUUUGGAGCAGUUGGAGCGCUGAGUGGCAUCAAGAAUCCAGUCUCAGUUGCGAACAGACUUCUGUGUGAGGGGCAGAAGGGCAAACUCUCAGCUGGCAGAAUUCCUCCCUGCUUUUUAGUUGGAGAAGGAGCCUACAGAUGGGCUGUAGAUCAUGGAAUACCCUCUUGCCCUCCUAACAUCAUGACUACAAGAUUCAGUUUAGCUGCAUUUAAAAGAAACAAGAGGAAACUAGAGCUGGCAGAAAGGGUGGAAACAGAUUUCAUUCAACUAAAGAAAAGAAGACAAUCAAGUGAAAAGGAAAAUGACUCAGGCACUUUGGACACAGUGGGUGCUGUGGUUGUGGAUCAAGAAGGUAACGUUGCUGCUGCUGUCUCCAGUGGAGGCUUGGCCUUGAAACAUCCAGGGAGAGUGGGGCAGGCUGCUCUUUAUGGAUGUGGCUGCUGGGCUGAAAAUACUGGAGCUCAUAAUCCCUACUCCACAGCUGUGAGUACCUCAGGAUGUGGAGAGCAUCUCGUCCGCACCAUACUGGCUAGAGAGUGUUCACAUGCUUUGCAAGCUGAGGACGCUCACCAAGCACUCUUGGAGACUAUGCAAAACAAGUUUAUCAGUUCACCUUUCCUCGCCAGUGAAGAUGGCGUGCUUGGGGGAGUGAUUGUCCUCCGGUCUUGCAGAUGCCCUGCAGAGCCUGACUCCUCGCAAAAUAAGCAGAGACUUCUAGUGGAAUUUCUGUGGAGCCACACGACAGAGAGCAUGUGUGUUGGAUAUAUGUCAGCACAGGAUGGGAAAGCCAAGACCCACAUUUCAAGACUCCCUCCCGGUGCGGUGGCAGGACAAUCCAUCGCAAUCGAAGGUGGGGUUUGCCGCCUGGAGAGCCCAGUGAACUGAUUCUUCCAGGUGAGCAGGAAGCACCUGAAGACAUUUCAGAACCUCAGCUUUCCAGGCUUUUUAACUGCAGUUGGACGUUUCAUCCUCCUCCUUUUAUAAUUCCUCCUGUAACCUCGUGGACCACUCGAGGCACAAGUGCUGCUGUAGCUAGCUUUUAGUGACGCAUGGCGGGUGAGUGUGACUGAGUGUGGCUGUGUGUGUGUGCGCGCGCGCAGCGUGUGUGCUUGCUUCUUCCUUGAUGAAAUAGAAACUCCUCCUUAUUGUGUAAACUAAAACGGAAACAAUUAAAUCUUCUUUACAAAAUGUGUGCUGUAACUGUUUACAAGUAAAACCUAAAGUUGCAGAAAAUAAUUUUGAUUUCGUAAAGAGGUACCAACUGUCCUUGAUGUGUCUGAAAUGAAGAGUCAAUCUACUUGUUUAAAUGAUUUGACAGUGGUCGUGCUCCAUUUAAUAACUGUAAUAAGUAAUAAAGUGUUUUUAUUUGUUAACCAGUUUAAGUGGAUCCUGUGGUAGCUUAAACUGUUGUUCUCAUCCCUCAUAUGGGGCAUUUUUCUGUAACAAAGAAUGGUUUCAAUGAAACAAUCUAGCAGAGAAUUAAGGUCAGGACCUUUUUAAGUAAGAGUCUUAUUGAUAAAGUUUGUACUUUUUUCCUCAAGCUCUUCUAAGCUUCAACAUUGCAUAGCCAUGCGCUGUAGGCACUAUAUUAUGGAAGGGUGCGUGAGGAGGACAGUCAGUAAUGCCGCCUUGAAUUUGUGUACAAUGGAAUGUUAUUUACAAUGUAACACUGUAAAUAAGAAAGCAAAGUUUAUGGAAAAAUUCAAUAAUAUCUUUGGUUCUUGUUUAAAUAUAUUUUUAACAUAAAGGCACAAAAAUAAAAGAAGCAUAUUACUGGGUAUAGUGUGUGACUCCUCUUCUCAGACUAAUAAAUUACCUUUAAAGUCUAGUUUGGAGUUUUUUGUUUGUUUGUUUUUGUUUUUUGCUUAUUUGUUUGUAAAGUGGCUUCUUCCAGAAAUCAUACCUAUCCAUCCACUGCUGUUAUGGUUGUUCAAGUCUUAUCCCUGUGCAGUGGGUGUACACACCAGAAAGAUGAAAGUUGAGUUUAGUACAUGACUUCAUGGUUAGUAUGGACAGUCCUAAAAUUUCAGUUGCAGUUUGAUCAAAAUUGCGUUUAAAAAAGGAAAGAGAGGGAGUUAUUUCUUGAUUUAAAAAAAAGAGAAGGAAUAAAAUCGCUUCCCUUUGAAAAAUGAUAGUGGCAGCUAAAAACGCAAUAGUUUCAGUUGAUAAAUUGCUGCUAAAUGUUACAUUUAGUGCUUCUGGAGCACACAAGAAAAACAAGACUUUCCUUUUGAUUUUAUAUAUAAGAAGUGGUUAUCAAGAUGAUACUAAAGACAGACUUGCUCAGGAGGAGGAAGUUCCCUGCACCGUGUAAUCAUGGCUCUGGGCAGUACCUGAUAAAGCCCCAGAAGAAAUUAUACACUUGACAUCGAUGUAUGGCCAAAUUAUAAAGGAAAGACAACCAAAAUGGAGUGGGUGUAAAUAUGAAUGAUUUGGAAGUUGCUCGUUUAUAUUCCUCACACAGGCAAUUACAUUUGUCUCGCUGUGUUCUCAUAGACAGAUUGGUGCCGUGGUAUCUGUUUCUCAUUCUUAAUGAGGCUGAGAACUUAGUAAGAGAUGGGCUGGCUGGUGGGCAGCCUUUGGCUUCAAAAGCUUUCAAAGACCUGUUACCUGUUGGCAGGGUUUUUUUCAGGAACUGGACAGGCUCAUGUAAAACUAUCAGGACACAUAAAUAAAAAAAAAUAGGAGCCUGAAAAUCAUCUGACCUGUUUCACCAGGAAUGCCAUUUCUUUCAUCUCCUUUUGUCUCCAUUCCAUUCAUAUUUACAAAUUUGGACUAAAGACCCCUUUUAUGAAGAGUUUUAAAACUGCUUGAUGUAAAGGAGCACAGCCCUGCAAGAACCCUCUGUAAAAACAUUAUUCUCCAAUUUUCUAAGUAACUUGUUGUUGUUGUUAAUUUACGGAAUAUCGAGAAAGCAGGAGAAGAGAAAUAAAAAGAGGUGUUCAGAAUCAUGGAGACAAAAAAUGUUCCUUCACUGUAAAAUCAGACGUUAAAGAACAGGUGCUGGAACAAGAGGCUAUGACAGAUAGAAAACCAACUGCGUUUCACACAAACGUGGAAAAGGUUGUUGGUGUUGGUUGCCAUCGAGUCAGUUCUUACUCAUGGUGACCCCAUGCAUGCAGAAUAGAACUACUCCAUAGGGUUUUCAAGACUAUGACCUUCCGGAACCAGAUCACCAGGCCUGUCUUCGUCAAACCGCCAACUUCUCAGUUAGUAGUUGCUUAACCCUUGCACCACCCAGGUAGAACCUAAUAAGAAAUUAGACUCAUUCCCUAGUCUGUCUGCUAUCACCAAAAUUCUGAAGCUGUGUUUUAAGGUGCCCACUUUUAACACGAAUGAUGUUAAACGCAUAUGUAUAUUUUUUUUCUUAAGGCCUGAGCAUUGGAUGUUUGGUUCUCUUAUAAUUAAGUCUGGUCUGGAUUCCUCAAGGCCAUCACUGUGCCUUGCUGUGGGUUUGAGGUCAUCAGAGCUUGUUGAGGAGGUGGAGGGAAUAUGGUCCACCUUCAGGAACUCAUGGCUGUUGCCAGCUCUGCCACUUCUCUCCACUUGCAGUGUGUCUGCCUAUGGCAAGUUUUUUCUCAUCUUUGACUUGCAACUUUUAAAUGCGAGCUCGAACUCAGAUAUCAGGAUUUGCUAGAAUUGUGUGCAAAGUAUGUAUAAACAAGUCCUAAAUGCUAGUCUGAGGUGCUCGUCUGUGAGGAAAGUGAAUAAAUUUUAGUUUAUGAAAAUGAGGACAUCUCUUUUUGCUGUUAAAAAGUCUUUUUGGGGAGGCCUAAUUCCUUGUUUUCUCUCAUGUUUGAAAGUAGUGAUUCUGCGUACAGGUUACUGCAGAUAAACAAGGGUGCUCUAUUUUGUCAUACUGGAAGGAGCAAAGAGAGAAUUUAGAAAACCCCUGGAAUUAGUCUUGAAUCUUGAGGUUGGAAAAAAGCUUUUAGCUAUGACAUUUCAAAUCAGCCCCUGAUCUCUAAAAUCUACAUGAUACUGCAAAAACUCAACCGCAAAAAGACAACCCAAUUAAAAAAUGGGCAAAGGAUAUGAACAGACAAUUUACUAAAGAAGACAUUCGGGUAGCUAACAGAUACAGGAGGAAAUGCUCACGAUCAUUAGGUAUUAGAGAAAUGCAAAUCAAAACCACAAUGAGAUUUCAUCUCACUCCAACAAGGCUGACAUUAAUUAAAAAACACAAAAUAAUAAAUGUUGGAGAGGUUGUGGAGAGACUGGAACACUUAUAUACUGCUGGUGGGAAUGUAAAAUGGUACAACCACUUUGGAAAUUGAUUUGGCACUUCUUAAAAAAAUAGAAAUAGAACUACCAUAGGAUCCAGCAAUCCCACUCCUUGGAAUAUAUCCUAGAGAAAUAAGAGCCCUCACACAAAUAGAUAUAUACACACCCAUAUUCAUUACAGCACUGUUUACAAUAGCAAAAAGAUGGAAACAACCAAAGUGCCCAUCAACAGAUGAAUGGAUAAAUUAUGGUAUAUUCACACAAUGGAAUACUACGCAACGAUGAACACCAGUGAGUCCAUAAAACAUCUCAUAACAUGGAGGCACCUGGAAGGCAUUAUGCUGAGUGAAAUUAGUUCCAAAUGGACAAAUAUUAUAUGAGACCACUAUUACAAGAACGGAAAAAAAGGUUUAACCCAGAAGAAAACAUUUUUUGAUGGUUACCAGGGUGGGGAAGGAGGGAGAGGGCUCUUCGCUAACUAGAUAGUAGACAAGAAUUAUUUCAGAUGAAGGGAAGGACAACACACAAUACAGGGGAAGUCAGCACAACUGGACUAAUAAUCCAAAAGCUCAGAAGUUUCCUGAAUACAACCAAACACUUUGAGGGACAGGGGAGCAGGGACAGGGGUCUGGGGACCAUGGUUGCAGGGGACACCUAGGUUAAUUGGCAUAACAGUGUGUGAAGAAAACGUUCUGCAUCCUAUUUUGGUGAGUGGUGUCUGGGAUCUUAAAAGUUAGCAAACAGCCAUCUAAAAUGCAUCAAUUGGUCUGAACCCACCUGGAGCAAAGGAGAAUGAAGAACACCAAAGACAAGGAAAAUAUGAGCCCAAGGACAGAAAGGGCCACACAAACUAGAAACUCCAUCAGCCUGAGACCGGAAGAACUAGACAGUGCCUGGCUACCGCCAGUGACUGCCCUGACAGGGAACACAACAGAGAAUCCCUGAUGGAGCAAGAGAAAAGUGGAAUGCAGACCUCAAAUUCUAGUAGAAAGACCAGACUUAAUGGUCUGACUGAGACUGGAGGGACCCCAGAGGUCAUGGCCCCCGGACUGUGAUAGCACAGGACUGAAACCAUUCCCGAAGUCAACUCUUCAGACAAAGAUUAGACUGGACUAUAAGACAUAAAAUGAUACUGGUGAGGAGCAUGCUUCUUAGCUCAUGAGAUUACGCGGGCAGCUCCUGUCUGGAGGUGAGAUGAGAAGGCAGAGGGGGACAGGAGCUGGUUGAAUGGACAUGGGAAAUACACAGUAGAGAGAAGGAGUGUGCUGUCACAUUGUAGGGAGAGCAACUAGGCUCAUAUAACAAUGUGUGUAUACGUUUUUGUGUGAGAAACUGAUUUGAAUUGUAAAGUUUUACUUAAAGCACAAUAAAAAAAAAAAUGUUAGAAAGCAAAGAUGUCACUUUGAGGACUAAGGUGCGCCUGACCUAAGCCACGGUAUUUUGAGUUGCCUCAUAUGCAUGUGAAAGGUGGACAGUAAGGAAGACUGAAGAAAAAUUGAUGCCUUUGAAUUAUGGUGUUGGUGAAAAAUAUUGAAUAUACCAUGGACUAUCAGAUGAAUGAACAAAUCUGUCUUAGAAGAAGUACAGUGAGAAUGCUCCCUAGAAUUGAGGAUGGCAAGACUUCAUCUCACAUACUUUGGACAUGUUAUCAGAAGGGACCAGUCCCUGGAGAAGGACAUCAUGUUUGGUAAAGUACAAGGUCAGUGAAGAAGUCCCUCAACCAGAUGGAUUGACACGGUGGCUGCAACAAUGGGGUCAAGCAUAGCAAGGAAUGUGAGGAUGAGGCAGGAUUGGUCAGUAUUUUGUUCUGUUGUACACAGAGUCACUAUGAGUCAGAACCAACUCAGUGGCACCUGGCAACAAGAAGAAAGGUGUGCCGUGACUUUAAGAGAUUUGAAUUGACCAAAACAGUGGUUGCCAGUGUCCUGUGUCGUGAAUGUGUCUCCAUAAUGACCAUAAUGCUAUACCAACCUCAUACAAUGCCCAUUUCCAGCAGCCCAUUUCUCAAGCCUGGAUGUCCAUAACAUAGUGUUUAUGAUUUUGAAUAUAUCAUUUAUAUCCACUGUAUUUAUGUAUCCUAAUUUGCUUAUACAGUCCGUGCGAGUUUUUAAUUAAUUCCCAUGGACAGACAGUCCUUGCUCUAGAAAUUUCAUGAAGCACUGUAGUUUUCUGUAUAGAUCAAUUGGAACUUGUCCGUAAGUCUUCCAGUGUAAACUUCUGUGAGUAAAUGGAUGGCUUUCCUUACAGAGGCAGCCUGAAGCCAUGUCCUACAACUGGCC